CUGUUCUGAUGUUUGUGGGGUCAUUGCCAUGAUAUGCAUUGCCAUAGCCGCUCUUGACCAAGAUCUGUUUGAGUUGCUGAUGAAGCCUAUCAACAAGGAUUUGAACCUCUACCUCACCGACCCGACAGAGUAUUCUUUUUACCUCCGCCAUGUUCUCAUCUAUUGGCUGUCAACUAACCACAUAGACAUGAGCAAAAUAAAACUCAGAUCAGACUUUGAUCCACAGGUCUGCAGCAGCCACCCAAGACCGGCCUUGAAGAGAAAGUUAGACAUAGUAACCAAUGGAGGCGGUGAUGCAACUCCUAAGCGACUUGCUAAAAACAAAUAUUCAUCUCAAAAUAAGUUGAAUAUAAAUGAAUACAUUUUAGAAUGCAUUGCUGCCAAAGUGCGUCCAGAUGAUUUGGUUUCAGAAGUUUUCAAGGAAUAUGGUCAAAAUUUGGACAACCCAGAGGCCCUUGCUAAUACUAUAAGGUCGCAGUACUCGGAUUUAACUUUUAAUGAUGCCAUUGAGAGGGACAAGGAAGCUGAACUUAGUAUCAAGUCUUAUGUUAAAGAUUUGGUCAAAAAUCCUGGGGAUAAUCCUGUUAUCUUUUAUAAAAAUAAAGGGAAAGCGAUUGACAACUUUUCUGAGGAUGAUUUCUGUGUGGCCAUUCAGACAAAAUUCCAAAAGCAGAUGAUGAUAGACUAUGGUAAAAAAUGUCUGUGUGUAGACCUCCCCAAGAAGCAGACUGCCGGGGGUUUGUACAUCAUGACCAUCUUAGUAUUUGUUGAGGGCACCGAUGAACUGCCGGUGGCGUGGCUCAUUAGCAACAAGAAUGAUAACAUUACUGUUGGGAAGUUUUUCAAAAUGUUAAAAUCAAACGUGGGUCCUCUACAAACUGAGAUUUUUCUAGGAGACAUCAGUUGGACCCUGUUUAAGCUUUGGUCACAGCAUUUCCCUAAACCUUUGAAAAAAAUGUUUUGCACUUGGGAAGUUCAAAAUGUGUUGAAACAUCGGCUAAAAAGCCAAAUUGUUGACAUGAGGUUACAGAAAGAAAUAUCCAAUUAUUUAUCCGUU